CCAGGCACGAUGAAUGAAUUGGCAAGGGAAGAGGCUGCGCUAGGGCGCUGGCCAAGGCGGCUCCUCCAUGUGCCUAGCCUCACGUCCUACCAGUGGCAGCCUGGAAACAUAUAUGGCGGCAUCGCGGAGCCCGAAUAUAACGCCAUCACUUACACCUGGGGAAGGUGGAGACUACGCGACGAGAAUCCGCACGAAAGGCCCGACAUUACGGUCAUCCCCAUCGUAGGCACAACAUGGCCGAUUCCCAGAGUAGAUCCGUCGCACUUCACGGCAGUGCAGUUGGAGCAAGUUCUCAGGAAGGCUGCAGUCCUACAGCCUGCGGACCAUUUGUAUGGGCGAAGAAAGAAGCCGGUGGCGUUUGUCUGGCUGGACGUAGCGUGUAUAGAUCAACAAGCGUCAGAGCCUAGGUCAGCGGCUGAGAUUGGAAGGCAGGCGGCCAUCUUCAAGGGUGCGCAGACCGUUUGCGUCUGGCUGACAACUCAGGACAUGCAAUCAUUGCGGCGAGGGAUAGAAUCCAUGUCCACCUUUGCCGCGUCGACAUCGACGAAGUUAUCUGAGGAUGCGCGAGCCAUCGACCAUGUCAUUAGCUUCUUAGCGGACCCGUGGUUCUCGUCGCUGUGGACCCUACAAGAAGCAUUCCUUCGCCACGACGCAUUCAUCCUAGACCGGGAUGGCGAGCUCUUAGAGUACCCAGCAUCUACCGAAGUACCCGGCGAGCCUUCACUCAUUGAUAUCUUCGACUACGGCGAGCGAUGGUGCGCCGUUUGUACGGAAAGGGCAGCCAACCAUUCCCUUAGGUCCGAUAUGUACUCGAAAGCGAAAGAAACCAUCGAAAAACGUGGGCUGAAAGCGUUAGCAUCGAUGAAUGCCAUGUCGACGUAUGCGGCUGCCUUGCAACGAACAACGACCUUCCCAGAAGAUCGCAUCUAUGGUAUUCAGCAAAUCUUUGAAUUUCGCCUCGGCAAAUCUGCGCUUAAUGUGCAGUCUGGUUGUUCUUUUACCGUUGCUGAGCUUGAAGACCAGCUUGGCGAGGCGCUUAUGACGAAGUAUCCAGUGUUGAGCCAAUUUCACGUCUUCACCGAGCAUGUGCCACGCGAAAAGCGCUGGCGCGUGAAUGCAUGCUCGGCAAUACCCUCUGAUGUGAGCAGGCAAGGGCAUUCGGUAUGGGAGUCCUCGGAGGACGAUCAGCCGUGUUGCUCGUUCAGUGUUGACAGUACUGCGCAGGGGUCGAAGCGUGUCUGGUGGCAUGGCAAGCUGGCGUCUUUGCAAAGUCUACUUGAUGCAUGCAGACGUGUUGCCAAUGAAAGGUUAUUCAGCGAGCUGAGCAGGAACAAGGACAUGUUCAUGAUAGUCCCUGAUGUCGUGGACGAGCUUAUCGGAUCUCCGGGUUUUCAAGCGUCAGGCUACCGGCUGAUUCCCCCGGGGCCCGGUCAAGAGCAGCUGAGCAAAUGGCUACUUGGCCAUUUCGGUGCAGCAAAACUUCAAGUUCUUCUCCUAGGACCGUCAUCAGGUGAGCGUUACGCAUAUAUGCUCGGCAUGUUGAUGCUUGACUGCGGCAACGGAGAAUGGACCAGAUUGGGUUUGUGCCAAUGGGAAGUUUCGGACUUGCAAGUGAGCGACAUGGUCUCUUUGCAAUAUGAUUACUUGACUGGGGGGGGGUUUGGAUGGGAAACAAGCGCUGGCCUGUUUGGGCGUAUUGCUUGAGCUCCCCCAACAAAUGUUGGCUGAUUCAACAAAGAAAGAAUGCAUUUGCUCUCUACCAAGCGAG